AUUUAGUCCCUUGUACUGAACGGGCUAUGUUUAGGUCUUAUCAAUACCGUCAACUUGAUGGACAAUUUAGAGUUUCAAUUUUGCGAUAUGUACAGCGAUUCAUUUCUCGUUUUAGACUUAAGUGUGUUGUAGAAGCCAAAGGUCUCUUUUUUCGAUUUGUGUUUCAAAUAAGUAAUGUUUAAAAGCACAGCUUCACGAACUGUCUUGUGUUUGUUGUCUUUAAAUAUACAUGGAUUAAUUAAUGUAGGAGUUUCCAAGUUAACGAAACUGGAUUAGCGAAACUCUGAUGAUUAAUUAAUUGAUAUCAUAAAAUGCUUCUGCUGUUACGUUGAUGCUGUUUAUGACUCUGAAGUUAACAUUUGACGUUUACGUAUGUGACGUAUUUCAACCAUGAAGUCGAAACCCGUGUUGGUUAUGGUAAUGAUCUACAUGAUACUGAUGGGCGACCAGGUGCUAGGAGAAGUUAUAUUAUGCUCGAGGCACCCAUCUUCAUGGAGGGAAGCGAUGAAAACAUGUUUCUUCAAUAACGGUUUUCCGAUACGUGCACCUAGACAUACAGAAAGAACAUUACCUUCAUACGAACUAAAGAAUGGAAUUCAUGGAUGGACUGGAGAUUAUACGUUUAACAGCAGCCAAGGUGAAGAGCGAUGCGGAUAUUUGCAUAUAAAUGAAUACCUGAUUCCGUCAGACAGCGUUCAGUUUACUGAUUGUGAUCAGCGAAAACACUACAUUUGUUGUUACCCAAAUAAAGAUGGUCCGUGUACAGUACACAAUUACCGUGUCUACACUGGUCCUUGGUAUGAUGCAUCCGGAUGCGCAGUUAACGUGACACUAGAAGACCUAAUCAUUAUUCAAGCACCGCCUGGUGAUUACUGGACAAUGGAAAAGUAUAGUCCGAACUGGAGCAGCAUUGACGAACCGAACCAUCCGGUUGAUCAAUUGCAUUCUUGUGGAACAGUCAGUGGUUCUCUGGACCAAUUCCGUCAGCCAGAAUUUGAAGACUGCAAAGGCCCAUUAACAGUACUUUGCAUGUUUGAUAAACUUCCUAUCACAUUCGACUUCGCCAGUACAUGUUUUAAAGCCAAUCCGGUCGUGCACGUUUCGACAUCAUCCUCAACAGCAGCAUCUUCGACAACUACGAGUACGAUGUCAACCAUGCAGUCCACACGAAGCUUAAUUUUGAGCAAUACAGUACAGACAAGUACCGAUCCUAUUACACCAGCGAAUGAAACCGCAGUUGACAAUUUUACAGACCUUUUAUCUGCAAAUCAGCGUCAUACCGUAGAGCAGAACAAAGAGAGUCAAUAUGAUGCAGUGACGAUUGCAUUAGCAACAGGCUUUGGCGUAAUUUGUAUUGGAUGUGUACUUGCUGUAGGCAUAUUCACAUACAGGCGUAAAACGGCAGCAAGAAAGCAAGACGUCUUUUCAGUAGAAUAUAGGAAGGGAGUUGACUCAAGCAAUGUCUGUAUCAACAACGCAACGAGAGGACACAUCAAUGCCGCUUUCGUUACAGGCCCAAUGCACACAGAAGACUUGUAUGAUGAACUGCCAGGAGGUAGCGAACAUAAUGUAUAUGUUAGUGACAGAGAUAUGUCGCAUUUUAAGGGACAUGAUAAGAUAGCUCAUAAGCCGUGUUUUCAUCACUUGUCGGCUGUUGCAGACAUACAAGUGUACGCUCUGCCGAAGAAGAUGAACGGUGAUCCAGUUGAGGUUAAGAGAGAUUACUCUGAUAACGCGUAUCUGGAGCCAAAGCGAUCGAAUCAAAAUAUUGCAAUUAAUGUUGAACAAAGAUUUGAUUCUGAUGAAGAAUCAUUUGUGGACGACUUCUCCUCCGAUGAAUCUGAUUUUGAUGGACUGGCUCACUAUACGAAUGAAGAGACUAAGGAGAGCGAUUCGAAAAGCACAGCUGACGACUCUGCACUCGACUGUUAUUAUAACGACACCGGUCUAUAUCAGGACAUAGACGAUAAACAUGGUUGUGACGUAGAGCCCUUUGAAGAACAAGCCCUACCUGUGAUAACGGAUAACGGACAGUUUGAGAUAACUUUACAAGAAGAUAGCGAUGGUGACAUUUAUGAAGAAUAUUCUUGCGCAUAAACUAUGUUUUUGUGUAAAGCUCAAACAUACCCUGACAUUCGCUUUAUGCGUCCAGCAAAGCCUUAUGUAUAAAUAAACCUUAAAAUUAAGUAAAAUAAGGUUCAUGAUUCGAAUGCUUUCGGCAAUAUACGGUGAUCAUAAUGAAUAUAAUCGCACAUACUAUAAUUUAGUUAUUCUGUUUUUGAAAACGAAUACUACACUGGAGUUUGAAAACACAAGUAUAGCACAUGCGGUACUAAUUAUUUGUGAUUUUCUUUGUGCCAAUUAACCGGCUAUUUGUUUCGAUUAUUUUUGAUUUUAAUUGAUUGGUGUGUUUUCUUAAAGUUUUUGUAUGCUGUAGUUUGAUGUUGUAUACGAUGGUCGUCUGAACAAAUCAAAAUAACGAUAAAAUUUACGAGAAA